AUGGUCGAUGCAAAUGUCGCAGUCAUGGAUGAUAAGCAGACUUUGACAGAGACAGUCUCACCCAAAAUACCCAUCAGAGAUGACGGAGAACCCAAGGCAGAUACGACAAAGACAAGCGGCAAACGAAACUUUGAAAUCGACUUCGACAAUGGCAGCGAAAGAGGUUACGAAGACGGCGGAGACGAAAACAGCCAAGGUGAUGGAAACGACGACUUUGGAAGCGGUGGUGAUGAGAAGGAUUGGGAUAAAUAUAUCAAGUCUAUCCCGAUGGUUCAUGGGUAUAGAAAGGUGAACUUUGAAAAGUUCAAGAACUACUACGGCGAUUUUACAAGACAUACCAUCGAUGCCCUUGUUGUCGGGCCAAAUACGAGCCAUGAGAUUAGGGAGGAGACUAUGCGUCGAGGAAUGUUUCGGACGGGAGAAAAAGCUUCCAUCGAGUCUCCUGAUGCGUGGAUUCAACGUGUUCGCAUUCAUUCCAAGGCAGUCCUUCUCCACCUUGAGAAUGCAGCACGUGUUGGUGAAGAUUGGGACAGGACAUUCCCGAGGACUUUCUUCAGGCCUUUCCGAGCUUUUAUUUGCAGCCAACCACGGAUGAGGCAAGCCCUCCUGGUCCUCGAAGAGAAAUGGGGCGAAGCUGAACGUCUGGAGUUUCAGGGCCUAGCAUCGGACUAUACGAACGACUCGCCAAAAGAGAAAGGAUAUGCAAAAGAAAAGAUGGAGACCGGGACGUCUGCAAGCAAGCCGAUUCUAGACAGUCUCAAGGACGACAACUUUGCCGACGGGGAUGAAGAAGAGUAUAACGAGGUCAAAUUCAGUGGUGACAGCAUGGACAGUAUUGACGCAUUGAGACACAUGCGCAGCUAUGUCGACUUCGUCGACAAGGAAAUUCUUCCUCUGUAUCACACGUUCGAAACGCCAUCAAAAAUAAAAGUCCGCUUCAACGAUCUAUGGUAUCUGUUCAGAGCCGGCGAGACCGUCUACUCGGCAGAUACAGAUGUCGUGAAGUCAAAGCGAUCAGCAUCCCGUUCGCCGACUUACCAAACGAUCUGGCGGGUGUAUUCCACAUAUCUGGAUCCUGUCUUGGACGGCAAACCAGACGAUAUUGGAAAAAGCAAACGUGUGUUUGUGGUGAACUGCUACUAUAUUGACUUUGAUGGUGAAUCGUAUGGGGCUGUGAAGCACUCGCUCAACAUCAAGUAUUUCGAGGGGGAGAGGGAUAUCGCACGGCUCAAUAUGAUACCAAUCCGAUUUAUGGAGGGCGCAGAUGCAUUUAUCGACCGGCUCAGAGAACAGGGACGCAGGUUUCAAAAUUAUAUCAAGAUACGACAUCUCGCCUAUCAGGGAUGGAAUCUGAUCAGCACACCAACGGGAGAGGCCAUCGGUGACAAGAGCCAUCUUGAGCACAUCGACAGCAAUGUGAUCGUCGACUUUGCGGAGGGCUUUCAGCAUUUCUCCUCCCACAAACCUGUCUUCAAUGCGGUAUCAGACGAUGAAAGUGGAUGGCGGCGGGGAGAUGACGAGCUUCCAAUUUGUCACUGGACUGACGCCAGCCGAACAAAAUCUGUGCUUGAAGUCGUCGAAGACAUCCAGCUGUCCGAGGGGAUUGCGGACACAAUACGACCGCUCAAGAUGAAGAGCAAGAUUGCCACUAUUGGCGAGGAUGAUCUCAUUCUGCUGCCCCGACGUCUCGUGGCCUACGUGCUGCGGGAGCGGCGCUUUGCUAUGUUGGAUAUUGACUCUUUCAGCCCCAUCAAGCAGCAGAAGAAUAUAUUCUCCAGCCUGAAGAUUAAUCCCAAGCACAAGCGGCUGGUGAAGUCGCUCACUCGGGCCCAUUUCAUGAAGCAGGAGGCCCUCAAGAGGGGCGCCAAUCUGAGCAUGAACCAGGACAUUGUUAGGGGCAAGGGCCUUGGCUUAACUAUCCUUCUUCACGGCGUUCCCGGUGUGGGAAAGACAGCCACAGCUGAGGCGGUCGCGCAGACAAGCGGCAAACCUCUUUUUGUCAUCACAUGUGGCGAUCUUGGAAUUACACCUACGGCGGUUGAAGAAUCACUGAGCGGGAUCUUCCGACUGGCUCAUCUAUGGGACUGCGUCUUGCUUCUGGACGAGGCUGACAUUUUCCUUUCCAAGAGAGACACGUCGAAUCUACAACGCAACGCUCUCGUUUCCGUCUUUUUACGUGUUCUCGAAUACUACAGCGGCAUACUAUUCCUCACCACAAACAGGGUUGGCACGCUCGACGAGGCCUUUAAAUCUCGAAUCCAUGUUAGCUUAUACUAUGAGCCACUCAAGCGACAGCAGACGCUGGCGAUCUUCCAGGUCAACAUCACCAAGCUCAUCGAAAUUGAAAACGAAAGGCGUGGAACACUCCAGGAGAUGGAUCUGUCCGAGCCAGCGCUGACGAUCCACAGCGAGAGCAUUCUCGACUAUGCGGCUUGGUACUAUGACAGCCACCCAAGUAAUCGCUGGAAUGGACGCCAAAUCCGAAAUGCGUUCCAAGUGGCCUCGUCGCUCGCAUCUUAUGACAUGCACAAGGCCGCUAUCGAAGACGACGAUGAUGAAGACGAUGAGGACGAGAACCCUGUUUACCGAGGACAUAAUCCGUUAGAUCCCUAUUCAUCACCAUCAAUGCUAAGUUGGAAGCAAUUCGACCUGGUCGCAGAUACGAUCCGUCGUUUCAGCACCUACAUGAAUGAAACAACCAACGGAACUCCAGAGGAUAUCGCCAGAGUUGAUGGCAUCCGAGCUGACGAUCCCAGCUACAAAAACAGCCUCAAGGCGCCAACAUCGAAAUAUGUGCCGCCAGAGUUUCGUCAGCAGUCCAAGUCACCAUCAAGCAUGUUGCAUGGUGGCACAGGUGCUAGAAACAAUGUUCCCUUCCACGGAAAUUUGAUCCCCCACACGCCAUUCGAUCAGCGAGGCCUAGGACGCGGGAGAAGGGGAGGGUUCCAGCAGUUCCAGCAGGUGAUAGACCCAAACACCUAUCAUGCAAGAGGGUCAUCUGGAAGUCCUGGGGUCACGGAAAACUCGCGCACAAGGGGAUUUGAGAACCAUUCUUAUGAAGAGUCUGGCCAGUACUUCGGAAGUGGUGGCGACUUCCAAGAGAGAACAAACAGUCGUUACGAAGGACAUAGUUAUGGGCAUGAUGCUGCACAUGAAGAUGACUAUGAAUGA